AUGCCAAACGAAUCACCCAAGCUGGACUACCCCAGCACUGAUUCUCACACGAAGAAUCAAGACGGCUACUUUCAAUGCGGAUUCUGCAAACGCCAUUACAACCGAGCGGAUCAUCUCAUUCGACAUGUUCGUUCCCACACUCGAGAAAAGCCUUAUGUCUGUGACGUUUGCGACAAGGGGUUUGCACGACCGGACCUGUUGAAGCGGCACGCAGCGGGUCAUGCCAACGACCGUGAUCGAAAGCGAAAGCGAAGCUCGUCAAUCGCGAAGCAAAGUAGGGUAUCACAGGCUUGCAAGGCUUGUGCAUCUUCGAAAUUGAAAUGUGACGAGAGCAAACCUUGCCGGCGAUGUCGCGAACGGCAUCUAGCUUGCGAUUGGCAAGAUAUCCAACAACAGGCGUCCCCUGAUCCGCAUCAAGACACGCUGCUGGAGAUGGCAGCAACAGAAAAUAGGCACUUAGACUCAAUGCAUUCCCCCUCAGAUGUAUUGUCGCCAAUCUUAACCCCCUUAGAGGACUUCUCAUCUGUCAGUGCCUUGAUGACAUCAGGUGUGAAUCUGCAAGAUAGCGUUCUCUCUCCGGUAGAGACCAUGAGCAACCAGCAACUGUCCCGGGACACAGGAGUCUCCCCAAAUGACCACGAAAGCGCAGUUUUCAGCAUCGACGGGACUUUUUUUCCGAACUUCAUCCCAGACUCUCUGAUCCCAUCUCUAUCACGAUACAGCGAUUCUGAUUUCCCCGGCGCGGUCCCUGACUACGCUCAAUACGGCGCUCUUGAUAAUUUCCACUUCGACCUCACUCUGACAGAUGGCGAUUUCAGCCUUAUCGACUUCUACAAUUCUCACAGCAUUACUCCAGAUGUGCCGGACAGCCGUACAGAUACCCUCUGUGGAACAGAAAGCGGUAUCGGCCUUGGAGCGGAGGCUUAUCACCGAUCAUCACUUUCGGCAUACAAACCUGCGCGUGAAGAUCACGCUUUUGAUGAUCAUGAGAAUUUGUCUGUGCCACAAAUGAUGAACACCCCCGAAACCAGCGUCUUUACCAAUGAGCCAACUCUCUGUGACAGGCUAUCACCCACUAGCCGUGAUCUAAUCCUGAGUUUGAUUCUGGAGGUUAGCCGCGAGGCCACCCUGAGUCGGAUUGUAAGAUCCUUCCCUGGAGCGGAUUUGCUUGACGCUCUGGUCCAGCAGUACUUUGAACACCAAACGCAGGAUAUCAGUGCGUUCAUUCACAUCCCCACAUUUCAUACUAACACCGAGGAUCCUGGUAUUCUUGCUGGUCUGGCUGCUGCUGGUGCUGUUCGCUCCUCUAACCCCACCAUUCGAAAGCUGGGGUAUGCAUUGAACGAGGGAGUUCGCAUGCAUCUCCCAACAAAGUAUGAACGAGACAACACGUUUAUUCGUGAUUUACGGACUUCACAAACUUACGCCCUGACAAUUGACAUCGGCAUUUGGAGUGGCAACCGACGAAAGACGGAGAUAGCGGAGAGCUUCUCACAGCCCUUGAUUACAAUGCUUCGUCGUGCACUGCGAUUCCGGCGGUCUAUUUAUCCCGUUGUUAUCCCACUCGCUGAAGAUGUAGGGAACACUCUCGAGUCCAAGUGGCGUAGUUGGGUUGAGCAAGAGUCUUUUAAGCGGCUCGUUUAUUAUGUUUUCCUCCACGACGCGCAGACAGCCAUGGCCCUCAAUGUCAACCCAAUCAUAUCCUAUGCAGAUAUGGAACUCCCCCUUCCUGCGUCGCGCCAGCUUUGGGAUGCCAAGUCUGCGGUUGAAUGGAAGGACAUUAUUCACGCAAAGGCUCCACCUUUGGAACGUCUGCCUUCGUUGGCUGAUCUGCUUCGGGACAUGUCUCAAUUGACGAUGUUGCAAGAUGUGAUUGAUACUCAGUUGGCGGCGUCAGUGUUGGUCCAUGGCCUAUCGGCACUGGUCAAUGAAUACCACCGAUUAAAAUUCAUCUCCAGUGGCGGCUCCAAACACUGGCAUGCCCUUGUGACAUCCUCCCGUCAGCAGGAACUUGAUCAAGCCCUCCAGCAUUUUCGAAUGGUUUGCUCGGAGUUAAAGACUGGGUGUCGCCCCGAGACGAUCUUGAUCGGUGAGGUUGUUUCCAUGCUCCUCUACAUGUCUCUCGAAGAAUUACAACUGUUCGCCGGCAGGGAAGACAAACAAGAAGCGCGACGGGUGUACCAUUCUGCGCUGGAAUGGAUAGCAAGCUCAGAUUCCAGACAAGCCAUCUCACAUGCUGGUCAGAUAAUCCGCGCCGCUAGAAGCAUGUCAUCCGGUGCUCUGACAGGGUUCCUGGCUAUCGGAGUAUAUUAUGCCAGUCUAGCAUUCUGGUCAUACAGUGUAGUCUCCAGAGCUAAUACAGAGAAACUUCCUGGUCAGUCGGAAUCGCAGAACUCGGGUGCCGGCACAACGGUCUUUCUCGAUUGUGAUCGGGGAGUUGAAGUCUCAAAAUUCGUGACGCUAAACUGUGGCUUUCCUGCUUUGCAUGACUCAGGGAGGGCAGUCUAUCUAGUGAAUCCAGCGGCUAUCAUGAGAUUAGCGGAAGCAACCCUUCAUUCAGAUCCGCCCAAAAAGACGCCGGCUUUGGUGCAGAUGCUUUCUCAGUUGAUGAGAGAUUUGGGGAACUGCGUCGAUCGAGGUAGAUGA